UGCACACAUUCCUGUGUAUAUCUCAACUCCAUUAAACUAAAAUAGAAGAAAUGCAUUAAGAAUACAGUUUAGACCGUUUGGUGUGGUGUGCGAGUUGUCCAGCAGGACCUCUAUGCAGAUUCGUGCGACUGUGAAGGAAAUGAGCGCCUGUAAAAGAUAAAUUGGAAACUGCCUUUCCAGUUGCAACAUGUCCCUCUGUGAAGUGUGUCCCAGACUCUUAGUAAUGAGAAGAAGAAAGACCAAGUCAUAAAAAAAGAGGAAAACAUCAUUCCAGACAAACCAGAUGCCAUGGAACAAAGAAUAGUUUACAUUAAAGAAGAGAACUGUGAUAGGGAAUCUGACCACCUUGCACGCAGGGCUUAUCAUGUCAAGCUAGAAGAUUGUGUUGAGUUUAGGGAUGACAAUGCUGAGCAGGGAACUGUCAGCAUUAAAGGUGAGGAUUCUGAACACGUGUUCAUCAGCCUUAAAACAUUUAACGGUGAAACUGAAGACAUGUCUUCAGAAAAUGACUUUAAUUUAAUGAAGUGGUCUACAUUGAAAAUGGAGGCAACAGAUUUAGGGUCUACUUGGCCCUCUCCUGAACAGCAUUAUCUCCUUGUGAAGUCUGAGUCGGUGAUGUUUAAGGACGAUUUGGAUGAAGAAAUGUGCUACAGGUCACCUGAAAAAAAUUUGCAAGCAUAUGGCAGCUGCUACCUGUCUUCAUCUGAUGUGGAUUCUCCUCAUGAUAACUCUCAGCAUAUGAAGAAAAUGACAUCAGAGCCUUUGAAGUCAGUAACAUUACCUCAUGGUAACCUGAUAAAUAUGGGAGAUUCUGGAAAGACUCAAGGACAGAUGCACAAUUUAAAGCCAGCAGGUUUAUGUAACUGCCAGGAAUGUAAGAAGGAUUUUAAAUGCAAAUGUAAUUUCAAAGAUGACCAAAUCAUUAAUUCUGAGAAGAAGCCAUAUGCCUGCACUGAAUGUGGCAGACAAUUCUCACGCAAAAAUAGCCUUCAGGUGCAUACCAGAAUUCACACUGGGGAGAAACCAUAUUGCUGUACGGAAUGUGGAAAGCGAUUCUCACAGGUAAGCAAUUUUCAGGUGCACACCAGGAUUCACACUGGAGAAAAGCCACAUUCCUGUUCUGAAUGUGGUAAACAGUUCUUACGCUUAAGCCAUCUUCAGACUCAUGCUAGAAUUCAUACUGGAGAGAAGCCAUAUUGCUGUUCUGAAUGUGGGAAAAGAUUUACACAAAUAUGCAGUCUUCAGAUGCAUACAAGAAUUCACACUGGGGAAAAGUCACAUUCCUGUUCUGAAUGUGGCAAAGGAUUUUCACGCAAAAGUACGCUCCAGAUGCAUGAAAGAAUCCACACUGGAGAGAAGCCAUAUCGUUGUCCAGAAUGUGGCAGAUGUUUUUCACAAAUCUGCAGUCUUCAGAAGCAUAAAAUAGUUCACAGUGGAGAAAGGCCAUAUUGUUGUUCUGAGUGUGGCAAACGAUUCUCGCAAAUAUGCAGUCUUCAAAUGCAUACCAGAAUUCACACUGGUGAGAAACCCUAUUGCUGUUCUGUGUGUGGCAAAGGAUUCACACGCAGAGGCAGUCUUCAUUUACACACAAAAACUCACAGAGGACAGAAGCCAUUUGGCUGAAGUGACUAAGGAAAAUGAUGCUUGAAAACAAUUUGUCUUGAGAAAUACUGAAGAUUUCACACUGGAAUGGUUGUUUUGCUUUUCUGACUGGGACAGAAGAAGCACAGAAAUAAUCCUUUUUCCAUAAAUUGAAUUUGAGAGAACAAGGAUGAUGUAAGGUCAUGUCAAGAGCAGAAGAUUUCUUAAUUGUGUUGCACCUUCAAAGAGGAGAGUAACACAAUCAUUUAAAGGGAAAUUCAAGUCACUGUCAAAGACAAAGAAACUAACAGGGAAGAGGUUCAGAGUAGAAUAGUUAAGAGACACAUAACAAUGUGUUGAUAUGAGAGAACCUUUCAUUUACACUCUUUAGAGGCAUAAGGGUAAUCUCUGAAGGAGGGUAUUCAAAACUCGUAAUAAAUUAUUAACACAAAGGACAGGUAGAUGAACAGCUCAAAAGAGGAAAAAAAAAUUGCAGACCCCAGUGUGAAGUCACAACAGAAGAGAAAGCAAACCAAAACUUGCAAUCAGCCAGAUAUCAGUGGCUCCAGAUUCAUCGCCGCACUCUGACUAACAGAAGCAGCAUCUCUGAGUCAGGAUAUGGAGCAUAUCAGUGAGCAUGGGAAGAAUAUGCCUACAUUUAGAGAAAAAAAAAGAAA